AUGAUUCGACGGAAUCAUUCGGUAGGAUACCAAGUUUCUUCUACAUGGUUUGACAAAGAAAUCCUGGUACGGUCACAGAGUUGGAGGUCAAUAGUCACAAUAGGUUCAAGUACUGUUUUAUGGCACUCGGUGCAUCAAUACAGGGGUAGCAACAUUGUAGGCUCAUGGUUUUUGGAGAAACUGAAAAAUGCAUAUGGGCAUAGAGAAGGAUUGUGUUUUGUAUCGGACCGUCAUGGCAGUAUAAAGAAAGCAAUAGAACAGCUGCAUCCGGAAAGUUGCCAUGGUAUCUGCUCGUACCAUUUGCUGCAGAAUCUCAAAUCAUAUUAUGGGAAAUCAGGGCAAAAUAUUACGCAGGCUUUCAAUUCGGCUGUCCGGGCUUACACAUUAGAAGAAUUUGAAUACAACAUGCAACAACUGGACACAAUGAAUGAUAAGAUUCGUGAUUACCUGGAUGAAGUAGGCCCUGAAAAGUGGUCACGAAUACAUAUGUCGGCAAAUAGAUACUCUACAAUGACAUCAAACAUUGUAGAAUCAGUAAACGCGAUCACAAAGGCAGCUAAGAAUUACCCCAUUGUAUUCUUGCUGGAGUCAUUGCAACAAACAGUACAAAAUUGGUUCUAUAAACAUAGAGACGAAGCGCAUGGAACUUUCACGAUGUUGACUAGCAAGUUCGAGAGCGUCAUGAGGAGAAUGAGUUCAGAAUUAAGGAACUUGAGGAAAUAUGCAUGUGAUUAUAUCAUAGGUGUCUGUGACAUGGAAUAUAUGAAUGUCUGUGACCUAUUCUUUUUUGAGUUUAAACUAACACAUAACAUUGGUGCUAUUACACUCUCACAGGUAUCUCCUUCCAACCAAACAGUGUUCUCCGUGAGCGAUGAAAGGUCCACAUUUGUUGUUGACAUUGAGCAACGUACAUGCACUUGCAGGAUCCUGCAGGUCGAUUUGAUGCCUUGUCCACAUGCAUUGGCUGUAAUCGCACAUACGAAAAGGGAUGCAUAUUCUUACUGUUCCUAUUAUUACACAAAGGAUGCAUAUGUAAAUGCUUACGAAAGUUCGGUAUAUCCUGUUAGAAAUCCAGACGAGUGGAGAGUGCCCGAUGAAGUAGAAUUCCAAAUUGUUUUAGCUCCUAACCAAAAGCGGAGUUCUGGAAGACCUACUGAGAAGAGGAAGAGAUUAUCUAGGGAAGGAAAACCAUAA